AUGUCGGCCGUCCCCAACACCUCUGGCACCACUCAGCACGCGGUUAUCUUCGGGUACCACCACAGCCUCCUCCCCACCGGCACCGAGCACAACGCGCACCCCGGCAUCCAGACGGCCAUGCACGAGCUCGAGUAUACCGAGCGUCGCAUGGUCGCUCUGCUCAGCAACUUCGGUCCGUCCGACUUCCCCACCUCCUCGAGCCGCGCCGAGCUCUACCGCCGCCUCCUCGUCGAGUACAAGAAGGGCGAUGUCAAGAAGGGCAUCGAGAAGGGCUUCGCGUCGGCCCGCUACAACGGCUCGGACCUCAACUAUGACGAGUUCAAUGACCUCUUCUUCGUGUCGCUCGGUGCCCUUGUCUGGCGUCACAUCAACAUGCACUUUGGCAACUACUCUGUCAAUGGCGCUUAG